GGUGGGGGAUUAAAACACCAUCAAGCCACAUUGUCACCAUCCAUACCCUAUAACUCCAGUGGCAAGGCAUUGAUACCUUACAGUUAGAUUUUACAUUUACAUACAGUACUGAUAUAAAAUUGCCGAUGACCUAUAGUGCCUAUAAAAAAUAUUCACCUCCCUUUGGAUAUUUCUCCUUUUAUUGCUUUAAUAAAUUGAAUCUUUGAUUUAGCCAUUCCUCAUAUCCCUGAGUGACUUAGCUACACAUAUGUAUAGAUGAAAUGGGAAAAGACAGCAAUGUGGGAAAGAGGCUGAUAGACACAUGCUUUGCAGAAUGGAAGCUACGUUUGCAUAGUGAACACUUGGGAACAGUUUUAGAACUCGUUUGCGCAUUCAAGAAACACCAGAUUCUAAGCCCCCUUUUAGUAUUGGCUAUGACUUAAGCACUAACGUUCUUACUUUAGUAGAUUGACCCAUUCCAGCUGCAGUCCGUGCCCUGAUUGUUUAGUCAUGUCACAUCGACGCGCGUGGCGUCAUCGAGGUUUCUCUUUAGAGUCCCACUCUCUUUAAAAUGACAGGUCGAGGGAAUCGAGAGAGUAAAUGGUGAUCCCACCCAGAGCUUGCGUCGCGUCGCACUCCUGUGCUGUCGCAUCACAGGAUCAACACGUCCGCCCCCCUCGCGCUGAGUCAAUCCUGCUCUCGUUGCGUGUACAAGGCAGAUUCUGGUCAUUUUCUUUCAUAUCGUUUCUUGUUCAUAUCGCUGAGCACCUGAAAUGGACAACAAAAGGGAUGUUGUACAGCGCACAGAGAACAGUCAGGUUUUGGUCCGUGGUACCAUAUCCGGAGCAGAAUUGACUGACGCUACUAGGAGCCCCGCACGUGAACCGCACCAGAAGGCUCUCCAAGGAACUUGCCCCAGUCCUAGAUCCCCAUCUUACUUGCAGAGCGGAUCAGAGUCAGUCAUGAUGGAGGGUUCGCGGAAUGGGAAAUACGGAGAUACAAGGCCGGCAGGCAAAUCCUCACCGAUAAUCGGUGAUAAACCGGAACGUCCCAACAAAGAGCCAAGCAGCUCAAGCGAGGAGUCAGACUUCUACGAGGAAAUAGAUGUCAGCUGCACAACCGACAGCAUGGAGUACCCGGACAAGCAAGUGAAUAUAUUUGACCUCCAGCUGAAGGUCCCAUGUUAUCCACAAGGCAAAGAUGUCGACGUUACAAGCCACAACACCGACAGCUUGAACACCGGAAAGAUGAACUCAAGCCCGAGUGCACUGUCUUACGGAGCCGACCAGAUGCGACGGUACCGGACAGCUUUCACGCGGGAGCAGAUCGCUCGACUGGAAAAAGAAUUCUAUCGAGAGAAUUAUGUCUCAAGACCACGGAGGUGCGAGCUCGCGGCUUCUUUGAAUCUACCGGAGACUACAAUAAAGGUUUGGUUCCAGAACCGCAGGAUGAAGGACAAGCGGCAGCGUCUCGCCAUGACGUGGCCACAUCCGGCCGACCCAGCAUUUUACACAUAUAUGAUGGGCCAUGCCGCCACCACCGGCAAUUUGCCGUACCCUUUCCCAUCACACCUGCCUCUUCCCUAUUACUCACCCAUCGGUGGAGUGGGUACGACCACAGCCUCCGCCACUUCUCCUUUCGCCAGUCCCUUACGCUCACUGGAUAGCUUUCGUGUUCUCGCUCACCCCUACCCUCGACCCGAGCUGUUCUGUUUCCGUCACCCAGCAGUCUAUUCCAACACAGGAGCAAGCCACGGGCUUGGUCCUGCUGAGACCCCCUGUUCUUGUCUGGCGUGCCAUGGCACCAGCGGACAAACCAACGGACUUCAGCAACGGCCUCGCAGCAUGGAUUUCACUUGUUCCUCCUCAAGCCGGACAGACAGCUUCCUUACGUUCUCACCUGCAGUUUUGAGCAAGUCAUCAACCGUCUCUUUGGACCAGAGAGAGGAAGUGCCUCUGACAAGAUAGAAGGUCCACUGCCCAUUUAAUUAACACGAACAUUUGAAAAGCAAAGCCUCCUUCAUCAAUCCUCUGCGCACGGGAGAAACGUCUUUUAUUUGCAAUGAAUGAACUGAAAGAAUUCGGAUACCGCUGUGCUCAUGAGAACAGUUUUAUCCCUACAUCUGAAAUGGGCCUGCUGUAGGCUACUAGCCUUAUCUGAAGUUACAUUGGUAACAUAGACUAGAAUGAUUGAGUAUUACAUAUAUUUCAGUUUAUGAUAUCUAGAGAUUACAGACUAAUGUCAAUCCCAUGUAAUAGAAAAUAUGCGUAGCCUAUUUAUAUUUUAUUCAAAUCAGAACGAGUGCAAAUAAUAGGCUAUAGCCUAUAAUUUAGGCAUACCA